CCGCUGCGCCCAGGGGACCGGAGGGACGCUCUGAGCAUGUGCAGAGCUGCUUGGCGGCGGCUCCCUCGGCCGGAGGCUGGGGCUCAGUGCUGAUGCUAACACCCGACUCGGCCUCUACCCCAGCGUGGUCGGCGCCCCGGGCCCGGGCGGCUGGGAAGGAGCCGUAGCCUCCCCGCGGCCCGAGGAGCAGGCGCGGCGGCGCGCACCCCCCCCCGGCGGCCGCGGCGCCCUCGGGGCCCACGAUGAUGGCGGAGCAGGUGAAAUGCGCCUCGGCAGGGGGCGGCUCCGGAGCGGGCUCCGGGCCGGUGGUGAACGCGGAGCUGGAGGUGAAGAAGCUGCAGGAGCUAGUGCGUAAGCUGGAGAAGCAGAACGAGCAGCUGCGGAGCCGGGCGGCCAGCGCGGCCGCCGCCCCGCACCUGCUGCUGCUCCCGCCACCGCCGCCCGCCGCGCCGCCCCCCGCCGGAGCCUGCAGCCCGUUGGGACCGCGGAGCCCCCCGGCCGUCGCCGCCUCGGGGGGCCUGGGGCUGGGGCUGGCGUUGGGCGCCGGGGGCGGCGGCGGCGGCAGCGGCGGCUCCAGCCCCGCGUUCCCGGGGACCUACUGCCUGCCCAGCCCGGCGCCCUCCCUGCUCUGCAGCCUGGCGCAGCCCCCGGAGGCACCCUUCGUCUACUUCAAGCCGGCGGCGGGCUUCUUCGGCGCGGGCGGUGGCGGGCCGGAGCCGGGGGGCGCGGGGACGCCGCCGGGGGGAGCCACCGCGCCGCCCUCGCCUCCCUCGCCUCCCUCGCCGCCCCCGACGCUGCUGGACGAGGUGGAGCCGCUGGACCUGGAGAGCGUGGCCGCUUGGCGGGACGAGGACGACUACACCUGGUUAUACGUUGGCUCUUCAAAGACAUUCACAUCAUCAGAGAAAUCCCUGAGCCCUUUGCAGUGGUGUAGACACGUCCUAGAUAAUCCGACUCCAGAGAUGGAAGCAGCAAGGCGUUCCCUGUGCUUUAGACUGGAGCAAGCUAGCCGAUGGCGGAGUCUCUUCUCUUCAAAUGUCUCCCUGGCUUUUCCUUAUAGUCCUGUUGCAAGACUCAGCCCUUAUAGCAAUGGCAUUAAUACUCCCAGCUUCUCUAAAACCUCAAAUAAAGCAAUACUAACACCUGAAAGAACAGGUUACACAUCCAGGGGCUCCCCUCUCAGUCCCCAGUCCUCUAUAGACAGUGAGCUGAGUACUUCAGAAUUGGAAGAUGAUUCUAUCUCCAUGGGAUAUAAGUUACAGGAUCUCACUGAUGUCCAGAUCAUGGCUCGUCUCCAAGAAGAAAGUCUCAGGCAAGAUUAUGCGUCCACUUCAGCAUCUGUGUCCAGACAUAGUUCCAGUGUGUCACUGAAUUCAGGAAAAAAAGGGACAUGUAGUGAUCAAGAAUAUGAUCGAUUCAGUCUGGAGGACGAGGAAGAAUUUGACCAUUUGCCACCACCUCAGCCUCGUCUUCCAAGGUGUUCGCCUUUCCAAAGAGGAAUUCCCCAUUCACAGACUUUCUCCAGCAUUCGGGAUUGUAGGAGGAGCCCCAGUUCCCAGUAUUUUCCUUCAAAUAAUUACCAGCAGCAACAGUAUUAUUCACCUCAAGCCCAAACUCCAGAUCAGCAACCAAAUAGGACCAAUGGAGACAAGCUCCGAAGAAGUAUGCCUAAUCUAGCUCGGAUGCCAAGUACAACUGCUGUUAGUAGCAAUGCAAGUUCUCCAGUCGCCGUGAGAAACAGUCAGAGUUUUGACUCAAGUUUGCAUGGAGCUGGGAACGGGAUUUCAAGAAUACAGUCUUGCAUUCCAUCCCCGGGACAGCUUCAGCACAGAAUCCACAGCGUGGGCCAUUUCCCAGUGUCCGUCCGACAGCCUCUGAAAGCCACAGCCUACGUGAGCCCCACCGUUCAAGGCAGCAGCAGCAUGCCUGUAUCCAACAGCCUGCAGUUAUAUUCCAGCACGGGGAUCCCCGCGCCAAACAAAGCUGCGGCUUCUGGGAUAAUGGGCCGCAGUGCUCUUCCGAGACCUUCACUGGCAAUAAAUGGGAGUAACCUGCCUCGAAGCAAAAUUGCACAGCCUGUUAGAAGUUUCCUUCAGCCUCCAAAGCCUCUGUCUUCACUCAGCACGCUGAGGGAUGGAAACUGGAGAGACGGUUGCUACUGACGCUGUCUCGCGUACCCUUGAAGAAUGGGAAAGACGUGGAAAUGAGGGUUGAGUUACCUAGCUGGCUAGGUAACCGUGAACGUCGGGAUAUUCUUUCCCUUUUGCAUUUUAACAUAUUCACUGCAUUGUUUUCCAAUGGACCAAGCGCCAGAGACUAAUUAUUGCACUUAAUAUUUGCCUGAGAUAAUACUGCAACGUUCUCAAAUCCACGGUUGCAGUAUUGUGACACUUAGAUCUAGGAAGUUUUUGUAGAACUGCUAUGUACCUGAAUACUUUUUGAGAGAAUUGAGAUGUAUCAAUAAUGCUUUCUUUGCCAUGAGUUUUUUAAAGUAACUUGUUCUAUUUACUUACGUGUUCUAAACAUCUUCCCGUUACAUGUUCUGUAUUUUAAUACAUUGCAUAUUUACAACUAGGUUCUAUAAUUUAUGCUUUGAAAUUUACUUUUUUAUAGUUUACAGGAAUUUUAUUUUUUGUGCCUAUUUCUUUUUACACCUAUGUGAACCACUAUGGAACAACUUAAAUUUUGUGCCAUAAAAAUAUUUUUGUGGUAAGGUACUAUUUUUUUAGCUCUAGGGAUAUAUCAGCAAAAAUCCACCAUACAAUUUGAAAGACCUAAUUUUAUGUUGAAUGAGCACAACAUAAGCUGAAGCAUUGCAAGGAGAUAGCCAGACAGCAGUUAGAUGGUCUUGUCUUUUUCAUUGUUAAUUUAUUGUCCUACGUGGGUUUCAGAUUUAUAAAGGCAUCACAGGCUCAUUGCACUUAAUACCUGCAAUGUUUGCUACUGUACCACAAUUGAUUUUCAAUACUUUAUUACAGAGGAUGAGAAACUGUAAUGUUUUAUUAACAAUGCUUCUGGAAAUGAAUGCAUUUUAAAGCAAAUAAAUCUUUUUGAUAGACCUUUUACAAAACCCAUUUGCACUAAUGAAUGCUUUCUUAUGGUAUAUGACUUAAUAUUUGUUACUGUGUACAUUGCUCUUUUGGAAUGUUCCGAAAUAAAGACUAUUUCAGCAAUA